GCAGGAAUUUCCAAAUGUCACGAGCAGCAUGAUAAACAGUUUUUGUGGUUUUUUUUUUUAAUAUUCAGUCUUUCUUCUUCUUUCCCCACAUUCAUUCUUUCGAAAUAAUUAAGCUUAUGUCGGUUCAGGACGCUUACAAUAAAGUUUUUUCAAAUUUUCAAAAAGUAAGAGACUAUCUUGCUCCUGUACUGAAAAACUCCAAAUUCAAAGAGACAGGCUGCAUUACACCUGAGGAAUUUGUUGCUGCGGGUGACUUUCUAGUCUACAAAUGCCCAACCUGGCAAUGGGAAGGAGGCAUAGAAGAAAAGAAAAGAGAUUUUCUACCCAGCGAUAGACAGUUCUUAGUGACCAGAAAUGUACCUUGUAUACGUCGAGCUCGUCAAAUGGAGUAUAGCGAAGGUGCUGAUGAAGACGAUUCGGAGACAGCCAUUAAAGACGAGAAUAACGUCGACGGUGAAGAUUGGAUGUUUACACAUAGUAAGAGAGCAACAAAAACCAUGGAAGAAAUUGCACAGACGAUCAUGACCGAAGAAGAGGAAGCUGCUGAAAUUAGAAAAGGGUUAGAAAACUUGAAAGUGGAUGAGAUACCCGAUUUGGACGAAAUACCUGACAUUGAUGAUAUACCAGAUAUGGAUGAUCAAGUGAAUGAAGAAAGUGACCCCGCCGUAGCAGAGAACGCAGUUGACACAAAUGACAGAAUAUUACAAGUGCGAACCUACGAUGUAUUCAUCACUUAUGACAAAUAUUACAGAACACCUCGUGUGUGGCUAUUCGGUUAUGACGAAGAACGACAUCCGUUAACUUCUGCACAAGUUUUUGAAGAUAUAUCACCUGAUUACGUCAAAAAAACUGUAACAAUAGAAAGCCAUCCUCAUCUAUCGCUAAGUCUAGCCUCUAUUCAUCCAUGUAAACAUGCUGAAGUAAUGAAGAAGAUCAUUGAAAGAAUGGGCGACGGUAAAUCAGCUGAUAUCGGUGGAAAUGAAGUAGAAAGUGGAAGCAACAGCGGUAUACGCGUGGAUCAAUACUUGAUUAUCUUUUUAAAAUUCAUGAGUUCUGUCAUUCCAACUAUUGAUUACGAUCACACCAUCAGCGCAUGAUGGAUCGCGAAUAGACAUACAAAACAGAUAAAAUGACUAUAGCAUGUUUGCAAUAAAACUAUAACUUGCUUAGUAGACUGUGUUUUGUAUAAUAGGCUUUUAUCUGCUUUCAACGUAAAGCCUCAUUAGAUAGAUUAUAACUAUUGUGUAAAUAAUAACAGGUAAAAGGGAAGGGAUUUACUUUUCGAGUAAAGGCAGAAUGUGAUAAUGGAAGAAAACGACCAGAAAAGUAAGCGAUACGGGAUAAGUUAUAAUAGUGCGCGUUUUGUAAGGCUUUUUUUUUUUUUUUUU